AUGAUUCAGCCACUUGUAAUCAAAGCAGCUCUAUCAACUCUGAGUCUUAAUUCUACUGAUAGUUCAACUACAGAGACAAGAAGAAGUUCACGUCAAUGUACAAAACCAAAACAAUAUAAUGACUAUGAUAUACCAGCUCGUUCCUGUAGUGCAUCGGUAUUAUCAUCAAAACGAACUGCUUCUUCGUUAACCGUUAGUUCAUUAUCUAAUCGUUCGUCUUCCGAUAAUUCAUUAAAUCAUAAACCACAAUCUCUACCAACAAAGAAAAAUCAGAAAAGACAAAAAAUUAAAGAAUCACCUAAGCAGUGGCCGAAAUCGGAACAUCCAUGUACAGCUUUAAUUGAAAAAAUAACAAUUCCUUGGCCUAAAUAUUCUAUUAAAAAUGCAGUUUUUAACGGUACGGAAUAUUCUUUUAUUAAAACAUGUUCAUUAGACUCAGCAUUAUUUGUUCUAUAUUAUGCCUAUGUUUCUUACUCAUGCCAAUUUCGAGCCUUAUUUGAUCGUGAAACAAAACCUAUCUACUCUAAUUUAUGUAAGACAUUUCAGCUGGUGGAAAGUGAUGGGUGGGAUACAGCUCGUUUAUAUUCGCUUACGAUUCAUAAAAGAUUAGAUUCCUCAACAGCAAACGGCAACAAUCAAUACAAUUUAUUUGAUACUGUUGAUGAAAAUGUUUUUAGAUAUAUUCGAACAAUGCAAGAGUAUGAAAACCCAAGUGAAUGUUUGUGUGAAGAUUGUCUAAGACGGACAAGAACUUUAAUUAGUACUGAUAUUGCUCUAAACUAUAAAAUCUUUGCUUGUAUAUGUGGCAGAGAUUAUCAUUUUACGGCCACAAUGAAAGUAGCCGACCACUAUUACAAGUACAAUGAUUUACACCCAAAUGGAAUAUAUAGUUAUGACCGUGCUGAUAGUGUCGAAACGGUCAUCUAUUAUUUAUUAUUAUGA